AGAGAUAUAUACCAUACCUGCUUAAUUACCGAGAAAUUCCUUGGACAGAAUACUGCCAGAUCCCAUUGAGUCGCGAUCCAUUCUAGCCAAUAUGCACAUUCCAUCUUCCCUUCUCAUACUCGCCAUCUCCGCAGUCACCAUCGCUAUUCCCGUCAGCAACGUAGGAUCAGCCAAGCCAAUACCCCAAAUUGCCCCCCGAGAUUUCCUCGACUCUAUCUCCAACGCCAUCACAGGCGCCAUCUCCGAUGCCGAAAAGGAACUUUGCCGUUUACGGAUUGCGUUGGCCAGUUCGAAAGCUGUGGAAAGACUGCGCCGUGGGAUUGCGAGGACGGGAAGACGUGUUUAAGAGAUGUCAAGGUCAAUGUCGACGCGUGUUUGCCUAAAUAAUCGCGCAAUACCUUGAUAAGAUGAGUAUUGAAUGUAGGAUAUUUUUCGGAGAGAGAUGGUGAAGAUAUCAUGAACCAUGGUUCGAGAUGGGAUUCCAAGUU